UGGCGUAGGAUAGCAUUCAUUUUUCUCACAGUAACAAAAUGUCAGGUAUUUUUUUGUGGUUUAUAGAUAUUUCGCCUGGAUUUAAACUGGAAAGGAUAAGGUGAGCGGUAGGCUACGUAAGCGGGAGGCUAUGUUAUGUAGACAUAACGGUUCUUGUUCAUAAACCGAUUAUAGGCUUGACGAUGCAAUGCGUGGAAAUAAUAGCCUAAUAAUAAUGUAGAUUUUCGAGAGUGAGUGAACAAUUGAAUUAUGUCCAUUUAGUAUUAUUUCUGUAGCUGUCAUGUUCUCCAAUUACAUGGGGUAGAAUGUCAGAUGAACCAGUCAACGUCAGCCUUCAAACUACACAACAUAGUUGAAAGGUGGACACGGUGAUACGUAACUUCUUGCUCUUUUGGAACAUGGACUAAAGAAGAGAAUGAGAGGCCUACAACGUUUAUUUUGUCGAUGCUCUCGCUCAUCUGGGCAGAGACAGGCGCCCGUUAACUCUCCGUACAGUUCACUGUCGUUUUAAAGUGCUGAGGGUAUUCGCCAAUGUUGGCCUGCUCUUUGACUGCAAAUAACUCCAAACGGACAGGAACUGAUUUGAUGGUGUCGUAGAUCACUAAAAUGAUUUGAUAAUCAAGAAUUCAUUAGCUACAUUGAAGAAUUUGUCAUCCCACCGCUGUGGUAGCCUGUGUGAUACACAAGACACCAGAUGGCUAACAACGACUCGAUGCAAAGUGACCCAGGUGGGCUGUCACUGCUGGAGCAGCUGGGUCUGGACCAGAGCUCAGACUUCUCUGACUCCAGCAUUCAGCAGCGGCUGGACGGAGCGAGGGACCACAUCCGCCGGGAGAUCAGGAAGGAGCUGAAGAUCAAGGAAGGAGCAGAUAACCUGAGGAGAGCCACCACAGACAAGAAGAAUGCCCAGCAGGUGGACAGCCAGCUUCGCAGCUCCAACCGCAGACUGGACAGCCUGCACUCUAAGUUACAGGAGCUGGACGCUUACAUUGUGGUCAAAGGAGGGGACGACAACAACACAGAUGCCCCCAAGUCUCCCGGGGCGCGCAGCCGCUCGGCCAAUCAGGACCGGAUCACGGCUCUGGAGCGCCAGCUCAACAUCGAACUCAAGUGCAAACAGGGAGCAGAAAACAUGAUCCCCAUUUAUGCCAAUGGAGUCACCAAGGACAAGAAGAUGCAUCAGACGGCCCAGCAGAUGCUGCAGGACAGCAAGACCAAGAUCGACAUCAUCCGCAUGCAGAUCCGCAAGGCCAUGCAGGCCACUGAGCAGACUGAAGAUAUCCAGGGUAAGCCAGACACGUGUGGGGUGGAGCUGCGUGUGGAGGAGCUGUGGCAUCAUUACCGUGUGGAGCACGCCAUGGCUGAGGGAGCCAAGAACAUGCUGAGGCUGCUGGGAGUAGGGAAGGUCCAGGACAAGAAGGCCAUGUCAGAGGCCCAGUGUGGUCUGAGUGAGUCGUCACAGCGCUGUGACCUGCUGAGAGGCUCUCUGGAGCAGCGUUUGCUGGAGCUGACGGAUGACCACCCCAAGGCCUGCCUCAUCAAGGAAGAGCUGGUGCUGGCAUCCUCCUCAGCCUUCAGCUCCAGACACGGAACCCCCUAUGUACACAACCAGUACAGCACCCUCUGCAAGCCCUCCCCACUCACUGGUACCCUGCAGGUGCGUUUGCUGGGCUGUGUGGGGGUGUUGGAGGUGGUCCCGGGGCGCAGUAGAGGAACCCCGGUGGUCUUGCCUUGCUACAUCCCAGGGGACGGACGCUCCUUCAAACUCAGUGGUCUCUACAGCCGCAGCACCAGCAGCAUGAGCCUCAGGAUCCCCGGCAAGACCGACGAACUCUCCUCGGAGGUGAGUGCGGUGUUGAAGCUGGAGAACACAGUGGUGGGACAGACGUGCUGGAAGACAGUGGGAGAGCAGGCCUGGGACCAGACCUUCACUGUAGAACUGGAAAGAUCCAGGGAGAUGGAGAUAGCAGUGUACUGGAGGGACUACCGCUCCCUGUGUGCUCUCAAGUACCUGAAGCUGGAGGACUUCCUGGACAACCAGAGACACAAAGUUCAGCUGGAGCUAGAGCCUCAGGGCCUGCUGCUGGCAGAGGUAAUGUUCUUCAACCCAGUCAUAGAGAGAGGCCCAAGACUGCAGAGACAAAAGAAGGUUUUCUCCAAACAGCAUGGUAAAGCGUUCCUGCGUGCUCGUCAGAUGAAUGUUGACAUCGCCACCUGGGUCCGCCUACUGAGGAACGCCAUCCCUACUGGAAACAACGUUCCCAGCUACACCCCACACACACACUCACGCUCACAUUCUGGGGAGAUCUCAGUGGAGAAGCUGACUCUGGAGAGCGACUCUCCUCUGAGACCUGAGAUCAGGAGAGACGUUGUUGACACACCCCACCUGGAACAGCCUGUGAUCGAGCCCUUGUCCCCUCCAGACCUCGCCCAAGGGCGGCCAACCAGAACCCUAUCCACGAGUUCCUUGCGCAGACAGAGCAAAGGCCCUCUGUGUCUGCAGGACUUCAAGCUGAUCGCUGUGCUGGGCAGGGGACACUUUGGCAAAGUGUUGUUGUCGGAGUACAAGAGGACAGGCAGUGUGUACGCUAUCAAAGCCCUGAAGAAGGGAGACAUUGUGGCGCGGGACGAAGUGGACAGUCUGAUGUGUGAGAAGCGUAUUUUUGAGACGGUGAACAGCUCCCACCAUCCCUUCCUGGUCAACCUGUUUGCAUGUUUCCAGACCCCAGAACACGUGUGCUUCGUCAUGGAGUACACGGCUGGGGGUGACCUCAUGAUGCACAUCCACGCAGACGUCUUUACAGAGCCCCGAGCCGUGUUCUACGCAGCCUGUGUGGUUUUGGGCCUGCAGUUUCUUCAUGACCAUAAGAUUGUGUACCGGGACCUUAAACUCGAUAACUUGUUGCUGGAUACACAGGGCUAUGUGAAGAUCGCAGACUUCGGGCUCUGCAAAGAGGGUAUGGGCUAUGGGGACAGGACCAGUACGUUCUGUGGUACUCCUGAGUUCCUUGCUCCAGAGGUUCUGACAGACACCUCCUACACCAGGGCAGUGGACUGGUGGGGCCUAGGAGUACUGGUGUAUGAGAUGCUGGUUGGAGAGUCUCCAUUCCCAGGUGAUGAUGAAGAGGAGGUGUUUGACAGCAUAGUGAAUGACGAGGUGCGCUACCCUCGCUUCCUCUCCACAGAGGCCAUCGGCAUCAUGAGACGGUUGUUGAGGAGGAACCCGGAGCGGCGCCUCGGCUCUGGUGAGAAAGAUGCUGAUGAUGUCAAGAAACAGCCUUUCUUUAGGGGUGUGGACUGGGAAGCGCUGCUGCAGAGGCGGCUCCCGCCCCCGUUCGUCCCCAACAUCAGGGGGAGGGAGGACGUCAGCAACUUUGACGAGGAGUUCACCGCCGAGACCCCCGCCCUCACGCCGCCCCGCGAACGCCGCACCCUCUCCCGCAAGGACCAGGACUGCUUCAAAGACUUUGACUACGUCUCUGACCUCUGCUAAGGGUCAAGGUCAGACUCUCCCUUUAUACUGUAAGAGGAGCUGACGAGGGACUCUGCACUGCGAGAGGGAUGUUACCAGGAGAGGCUUACUGCUGUUCUGUCUGAACUGUGAAGAGGCAGAAGAAAGUUACGCGAGGAUGUGAAUGCUGCUGCGGAGAUACAUUGUCAGGGAUCUACUGACCUCUAAUGGAUUUCUGGAGAGCCUUUUUAUAGGAUGAUACAUGACGAUAAUCCGGAUGAUGUAACGCUCAGUGGAUGAGUGCUGGGGCACAGUGUCUGUGCAGCAUAGCAACAUUGGAACUGAGUGAAGUUUAUUUCCCUUAAAAGAUUAAAUGGAUAUUCUCUGUAGAAGACAAUACAGUUCCAAUGGACCUCUCUCUAUUGCCUUUCUGCCUGCUAUCUUUCCUCUCCCUUUAUCGUUUGAGGCUGCUUACUGUUUCUGUGUGUAAAUUCCGAUCCUGCCUCAGUCUGUUCCCAUUGCUGUCAUCUGGAGUCCUGCACCUCUCAUAAAUCACCACAUGGGGGAGCCAUAGAAAAGGUCAAAAGUGUUCCAGAGAAAUUGAGGAGAUGACCAAGUGGGGUGCAGAUUCAGUGUGUGAUGAAUGCCAAGGGAUGCUAGUGAGAGUGAGGAUGAUGAGGGAGGAAGGAUGAGCGUUGAGGUGUUUUUCUGUGUUUGGGCUGGGUCCUCACCAUCUCAUGUUACCCCUCGUCUUCAAAUGGGAUACUCCUCUACUCUCCCCGCUCUGUACGAGUUUUAUCCUCAAUCAUUUAGAAAUAUUUUUCAAAUAGUUUUCUGUGAUUUUAGUUUCUUUUUGGUGUUUUGAUUUGUCAAUCAUGCCGAUGUUAUGUUUGGAAUUGUGACUUAGUAAAAAUGUGAACCCAAUGGACUGACUCACAGCUUUGUGACUUUUCAGCCCAAUUACCAUUCAGCCAGCUAUAUUAGCAGGACUUCUUUAAACUUAUUUUUUUCAAUAUUGUGAUAUAAAACCUACAAUAUGAGUACAGUAGUGUAUAUUGUUUAUGGAUUCUCACACAAUCCAAACUACUAUAACUAAAGUUGUUUGUCAUCCAG